AUGGGCUGGUUUUCGGCGGACGAAAUCGUCGCCCCAGCAGUGAGCAGUACCACCAAUAGUACUAACUCAUCAAUAACAGCGCAAACGGUUGCGCUGUGCACCGUAGCUGUUGUGGCCGUUGGUUACAUAGCAGUUAAGUUACUAGUGAAACUACACCAGCAGCAGACUGAACAUUUAGAAAAAUGCCAACAGAAAGAAAAAGCUAAAGAAGAAAAGCUAGAUAAUGAAGAAGAAGGAAAAAUAGAGGAAACAGAAGAAGAAAAAGAUGAAAAUAUCCAGGAGGAAAUAAUACAGGUAAUCAUGGUAAAUAAGCUAGAUUUAGGUGUGGCCAUCCGAGUAGUGGAUAAAUAUGAUGGGAAUGCAGCCAGCCUUCAAUCAUGGCUGGAUAAUGUUGACGUACUCUGUGCAGACGAUCCACUCGUCCCAGAAGAAAAUUUUAUGACUUUUUUAAAAUCACGUCUAGUCGGUGCCGCACGUGGAUCUCUUGAAAACACUAGAACGAUAGAGGAAGCUAAAAAUGUUCUUAAAGCAAAGUUCGCAAUCCAGCUUACACCAAUAGCGGUUGAAGCUAAAUUGCGCAUGCUAAAACAGAAAAAUAAAACAAUAUCUGAAUUUGGCGUAGAAGUAGAAAAACUUUCUACCAAGCUAGCAGCGGCAUGGGUCUCGAAAGGUCCACCUUUUACUACCGAAGCUUCGGCAAUGCCGGUGGUAGAACCCAUUGCCAUACAUACUGUUAUAAACGGUCUUAAAGACCAAUCGGCCGCAUACCUGGUUAAAUCCAGAAAUCCAAAAACAUUAGUAGGUGCAAUUUCCGAUGCGCUAGAAGUACAGCCAUCAAGUUCGUCUUCUGAACCUGUAUUUUGGGCUCUAGGACGUUAUCAAAAUUCGUUUUCUAACUAUAACCGAGACCAAGGACAUCGAGGUGGCCGAGGUAAUAAUAACAAUAACAAUCGUGGAUAUCAUAAUAGUGGUAACAAUAACCAACAUAACAACAAUCACAAUAAUAACUAUAGGAAUGGUUACAAUGGUUACAAUCGUGGCAACCGACGUAAUAAUUAUCAUAAUAGUGGACACCAGAACCAAAAUUACAACAACCGUAAUAACAACAAUAACAAUGAUAAUGGUAAUAGAAACAACAACCAGCAUAGAAAUGCAAAUAUGGCUGAAAAAAAGCCAGAGGAGCAACCUCGAGAAGAGGUAAAUGUAGGAGAGUUUUUUCGCGAGUAA